CCUUGAGGUGGAUGACAAAGCACUUUGUCUCGGAAACUGCGGAGUCAGUAGCUAGCUUGCGUCGCCACUCACUCAGUCUUGGCUGGUGUCUCAUGCCACCAACACCUAUUGACCAUAUGGUACACAGUAUCAUAUGUUACAGGGUACCAGAUGGUACAUUGUACUAUAUGGUAAAGGGUACCAUGCAGUACAGGAUAACAUAUGGUGCAGGGUACCAUAUGGUACAAGGUACCAUAUGGUACAGGGUACCAUAUGGUACAGGGUACCAUAUGGUACAGGGUACCAUAUGGUGCAGGGUACAAUAUGGUGCAGGGUACCAUAUGGUGCAGGGUACCCUAUGGUGCAGGGUACCAUAUGGUACAGGGUACCAUAUGGUACAGAUACAGGGAUAACUAUAGAAAUAAGUCACCCUGACUUUUUUGCGUUGUCCCAGAAUUUUAUACAUAUGCUACUAUGUAUGAUAAUCUAUGUAAUUGUAUUUCUGUACACCUGAAUAAACUUACUCAAGUGCAUGUGGCAUCAUAAGUAAGUUUAUUUAGUUAUACACAAAUAAAGUUACAUAGAAUAUCAUACUUAGCAGCAUAUGUUUGGAGAACCUAGGAUAACCCAAAAAAGUCAGACAUUUAUUUCCAUUAGGGUCCCUGUACCCUGUACCAUAUGGUACAAUGUACUAUAUGGUACAAUGUACUAUAUGGUACAAUGUACUAUACAUAUAUUGUACCAUAUGGUACCAUAUACCAUUGUACCAUAUGAUACCAUUGUAUGACAUGGCACCAUUGUACCAUAUGGUACCAUUGUACCAUAUGGCACAGUGGUACCAUAUGGUUCAAAACCAUAGAAUUCAUCUUCAGCUCCACUUCCAUCAGUCUUAGAACUGUUAGCACUAGUGUUAUCUGGCUUAAUAAAGCUAAUCAGGAAAAUAAUUCAGAGCACCAAGCAAUCAUCAGCCGCUUAUUCAAGUUUUAUAAUCGGAAUGCUUCAAGUGUUCGCACAAUCCUCGUAGCAAAUUGUUUGACUCCAAAUGCUUCAAAUAAUUCAGAAGCUGUUGAGGAGAGAAAAGAAAAAAUUGAAGAAAAAGAGCAGGUUGUAGAAAGAGGUAAUCCACCAUCCCAUCGUGAAUUAAGUGCACAUCGGCCUUCUGUCACUGAGCACCAGAUUGUUGAACCUCCUUUAUAUAAGAAGACAGUCUACACAAGUCCCAUCACAUACACCAAGGACUAUAGACGUGCUGAAGUUGAACCAUCAGAAGGAAACUCAACCGAAUGUGGAAAUGAAAUGGAGCAGGGUGGAAUUCCAGUUGGAGGAUGUGAGGAGGAGCAACUUUUUGAAUGGGAGCAAGAUAAUGAACCUGUACCACCCAUGUCUCUGGCUGAAGACUGUGACAAGUUCCUCAUUUUCACAACUGGCUCCAAAACCUACUCUCCUCACCAGAUUGGUUUUAAGAGAAUAAAGAAGUUUUCAAUACCCACUGUACUAGAGGUUGGACCAUGUUUACGAGAGAGGAUUCAACAGAGAAAACAAGAGAGGGAGAUGCGAAAUCUUGGUCUUUUCCAAGAGCCGAACUGGCUGGACUAUGACUCUGUUGCUGAGAGGUUUGAUCCUAUUGACCACUUAAUUGAUCUGAAUGGACAUAUCAUAGGCAUGGGGCUUUCUCCUGACCAUAGGUACCUCUAUGUCAACAGUAGGCCAUGGCAAGCCAAUUGUGUCAUUGAUAGCCCACUCAGUCCUCCACGUAUUGCAGAAGGAAUCGACCUUCAUGUUAUUGACCUGACAAACUUGACAGAGGUGGGGACAAUGUUGAGGUCUCAUAAAGCUUACACGCCUAAUGAGGAGUGCUUUUUUAUCUUCCUUGAUGUCUCUCAUGAGUAUGUUGCAAGUGGUGCAGAGGACAGACAUGGUUAUGUAUGGGAACGUCACUAUGGUGUUUGUCUGUCUCGUUUACCACAUAGAGAUGUAGUUAAUGCUGUUGCCUUCAACCCUAGAGACCCAGAAAUGCUUGUCACUGUUAGUGAUGACCAUAAAAUAAAGGUAUGGAGAUCAAGAAGAAGAGCACGAGCAUUAGGAAUAAAUUUAAAAGAAAUUACAUUGGCGAAAGAACUUCGAAUAAAACAUGCACGGCCUGAUCCAGUCUCCUGUAAUGGAGGUUCAGAGUAAUGAUUGAGAAUGUAAGUGGUGCUUGUCUUUAUUUUUACUUUAGUAUUUUGCAUGCACACUCAUUCAUAGAUGCAUCAUAUAAAUGUGUAAAUGUCUGUUGAGACCUGAGAUUCAGAGAGUGUUGUGGAAACACAGUAAAGUCUUUGCUGUGUGACUAUAGCAUACGAGUUGCUACAUAUAAUAAGAGUGAAUUUAACAUGCUAACUCUGGUAGAAACUGUCUUAAAGCUGUACAGUAUGUACAUAAAAUAAUAAUUUAUAAAUUUAUUUUUUAUACUAAUUAAAAUGUUGUUUUUUUGUUUUCGUUUGCAUAAAUAGUGUUAAGACGUCAUGUAGCAAAAACCAGAUGUUAAGCUGUCCUUCACUCUCUGCAGUGCCUUAUGAAUACAGAAGUAAAGUAAGAGGAAAAAAGAAAUUGCAUGUGCAUAAAAUAACUUGAAUAACUAUAGACAUUUGAUAAAAAGUUACCAGUAAUUAAAGCUAGUACUCAAGCCAUUUAGACACAUACCCCGCUUUACAUGGUAACAGAAUGUACAAUUUAUUUUUUAAGCAUAAUUUACUAAAUACAGGGCAACUUUCUCUCAUGCACAGGUGCUGUAAGUUUGAGUGAAGUUUAGUAGGAAGUGCCUAGUUGAGGUGGUUAUUUCUUUAAAAUGCACUGUUACUUUCUGUUUUUUUAAUACACUGACCAUAUCCCACUGAGGUAGG